ACAAAGUCAAACUCAUGAGCUUCCCCUUUCUUUCAGCAGGAUACAAACUCCAGGAUCCAGAAUAAUCUGAGUGUGAAACCUCUAACCUCACUGUCAACUUCAGGAACCUCUCAAUGAGGCAAUGGAGAAGCUUUUUAAAGUUGUGAAUGUGACUCUGGAUCCUGAUACAGCAAAUUCUAAACUCAUCCUGUCUGAAGAUCAGAAACAAGUGAGCCACAAAGGACAGCGACAGAUUCUCCCCGAUAAACCUGAAAGAUUUGAUCGUUUUCCUGGUGUACUUGGAAAAGAGGGAUUCUCCUCAGGGAGAUUUUACUAUGAGGUGCUGGUCAGUGGGAAGACUAAGUGGAUGUUAGGAGUGGCCAGAGAGUCCAAUACCAGAAAAGGAAGGAUUACAGCAUGUCCUGAAAAUGGAUACUGGACCAUGUGCCUCAGAAACAAGACUAAAUAUGAGGCUUGUACAUUUCCUCAUGCUCGCCUCUCCGUGAAACAGGCUCCCCAGAAGGUUGGGGUGUUUGUGGAUUAUGAAGAGGGUCUGGUCUGCUUCUAUGAUGUCGAGGCCAAAUCUCUUAUCUACUCGUUCACUGAUCAGUGUUUUACUGAUAAACUCUAUCCACUCUUCUGCCCCUUCCUCAACGAUGGAGGUAGAAAUUCUGCACCACUGAUUAUCACUCCUGUUGAACAGUCUGAGAUACUUUUUCACCAAAACUCGGCUAUGUGAAGCCGCGCAUAGCAACAUGCCUUCUUGUUUCUUGCCCUUCAUUUAAAAAAGUAUUAUGUUACAAUGCUAACUUGUCAUUACUAUAAGAUAUAACUUACCCCAGGGACUCCAGUGUCAGCAUUUUGUAAAAGGUGUACCUUUACAUCUUUUUUUGUUUAAAUUAUGUUUUCAAUUUGUGUAACAAUAGUGGUUACAACCUCAUGAUUGCAGCAGCCUACGUACAGGAUAUCACUGCUGUCAGUUUGAAGCAGUUUUGGAUUUUUAAUGCGUGGACGCCACCUAGUGGUCAAACAGGAUUGGUGCUUAAUAGUCAAAUCAAUUUAUUUCCACACACACACACAGACUCUUUACUUUAUUUAAAAAAAAAAAAUGACAAUACAAACAGUUCAUGUGGUGGUGGUGUUAUUACAUUGUAGAUGGAGUUAUAGUAAGCCAAAUGCUAUCAAGAAAACAUUUUUUAUUGAGAAAAUCAUUAUCAGACGUUUGCUUAAUGUUUAGGGAAGGAGUCUCCAUUGUCAGUGCUUUGUUACAGUAUAUCACACAAUUUAAAUAAAAUUGUCUAGCAUGCUAAUAUAUAUCAACAUACCAUCAGACUUGUACGUUUUUUUGUUUUUUUUUAAUUGGUCUGACCAGUGUUUGCUCGCCUGUCAGUGGGAUCAGGAAAUAAUGAGCUUCUGGGUUAAACUUUCCUGUUCUUGGACAUUACACUCCUCAAAAAUCUUUGCCACUCGACAAUGAUGAAAUAAGAAAGAAAGCACAACUUUAUUCAUCACACACUUGUGAAAUUCCUCUCUGCAUUUAACCCAUCUGAAGCAGUGAAUACACAUGUGAGCAAUGAGCACACACACAUACCCAGAGCAGUGGGCAGCCAUGCUAACAGCGGCCAGGGAGCAGUUGGGAGUUAGGUGCCUCGCUCAAGGGCACCUCAGCCCAAGGCCGUCCCAUAUUAACCUAACCGCAUGUCUUUGGACUGUGGGAGAAACCCACGCAGACAUGGGGAGAACAUGCAAACUCCACACAGAAAGGCCUCCGAUGGCUGCUGAGCUCAAACCCAGAAUCUUCUUGCUGUAAGGUGACUGUGCUAACCACUUACACCACCACAUAAUUAAAUGUAUUUCAGAGUAUUUGCAGUGGGCAUCCCAUUAUUAUUGAAACUAGUCUGUUACCUUGAAUUUUACCAAGUCAACCUGUUACAUUUCACUGUAGUAGACUAGUUUAAAUAAUGACAUUAUUAACCACGCAAGUAAGUGCAAAUUGCUGUGGUAUAAGGGGAAUAAAACAUACAGGAAUAAUACAGUACCAGUCGAAAGACAGAAU